AUGAAGAGGCGCGAGGAGAUGGCCAAGGACAAGAUAGCGGAGGCGCAAGAGGCUAUUCGAGAAAGGAACGCCCUGCUUUUGCAGGAGGCGACACUUGCCAGAGAGGUGGAUGAGCUGAAGGAGAAGAUGACGUCUUCUGAGUCGGCACUUGCCGAGGCAGAACAAAAGAAGGCCAAAGAGAUAGCCUGCCAUCACCGCUCCAGAGCUUCCUGCCACAGAUGCGCCGCCUGCCGAGGCCUGAAGGCUUUUCCUGCCUUAUGUAUUUUAGUUAUUUUUGGAACAACGAUGUGUUAUCUUUAUUUUGUACAACAAUUCUGCAUUGCCAUGGGGCAAGUACUUAACGUGAUCAGCAUUCCAUGGGUGAGGCAGAGUCUUGCCAUUGGGGUCACGGAGCUGAUAAGUGUCUGGGCGGCAGACAUUGGAAACCUUACACAUGACCCAGUCUCCCAGCUUGAAGGCACAAGGUUUCACCCGGGAGUCGUAGUACCUGGCUACACAUUGUUCAUAGGAGGCGUUGUGCAUUAUUGCCUGGUCACGAAGUUCUUCAAUGAGGUUAAGGUUCAAGGCCAACUGCCCAUCGUUGGCUUCAGCGUCAUAAGUGGAGGUUCAGUAUAUGGGCUGACUAAUCUCUACCAGGGCCACGACUUCGGUACCAAAGGAAAGAAAGAAAGGUGUCUCCCCUGUGGAGGUAUGGAAGGUGGUGCGGUAGGACCAGAGAACCUCUGGGAGUAA